AUGUCCCGCAAAGAAGCGCUUUCUCAAUUCAUUAACCAAAUCCAUGGCCGGCCCGUUGUCGUCAAACUCAACAGUGGAGUCGAUUACAGAGGUGUACUUGCUUGCCUGGACGGAUACAUGAACAUUGCGCUGGACCAAACCGAAGAGUACGUAAAUGGGCAACUGAAGAACAAAUAUGGGGACGCCUUUAUCCGUGGAAAUAAUGUACUGUACAUUUCGACGCAAAAGAGACGAGUCUAA